AUGGCCAUCUCACACUCCCCGACGAAGACCGAAACGUUCAGCGUGCAACACCGCACCCUCCUUCGUGUUUCUGCACGUUUCGCUCGACCUAGCGUGAGGCUCAUACAGCCUCAAAGCGACGCCAGCAAGCGGCUGAGGCAGCUUCAGAGCAACGAGCGGCAGAAGCGAGACCAGAGCGACACCACCUCUGGGGCAUUCCCACAGCCAACCACCUCCGACUCAACUACGAAGACCGCGCUCUCCAGGAGAACACACACCAAAAAGCAGAACAGGGUAACCAUCCGCUUGCCUCCUUCCCACGUACGGGAUGCAAUGCAGCUCAUCCCAAUAGAAGAUAUUUUGAAUAACCUGAUUGCCAAAAAUCUCGGACAGAUCCCGAAUGAGGAAGACAUCGCGACUGCAGCCACGUACUACUUCGUGGACAUGUGCAGUACAUGGUACCCUGCUUCCCUGAUCCGGUUUGCGGCAAACGUACUCAUCCACCAUUUUGAACCAAUCCUGGAGCGGACGACAGCGAGGCACAAGGCGUACGAAACGCUAAAGGCCAAAACACAAUUCGUCAAGGCCAUGAGGGCUAUCCGUGCCGGUUUGUCUUCUCCUCACCAUAGCCUUGAGAGGACUUGA